AUGGCAGCGGAUGCACGUGAACCAGCCACCUUCCACUGUGAGGCCCUGGCCGAGGCUUCGACCCACAUCAGCAUCACGUGGGCCUUUCACAAUGGCAGGGAUAUCCCCCUGCCGUAUCACUCCAGACACAGGCUGGAUCCGGACACAAGGGACCUAACCAUCCUGGCUGUGGAGGAAGGUGACCUCGGCAAGUACACCUGCCAGGUCAGCACUGACAACUGGAAUACCAAGUACCUACAGCAUGCAUGGCUCUCCAAAUAUGUGAAGCCUAGGAUAACCACUAACAUGGAAGACCAGGAAGUCAGGAAAGGAGAGCGGAUGACGUUGGCAUGCCAGGCCACAGGAACACCCCCACCAGCCUACACAUGGCUGUACAGAAACGAGGAUGUGCGGCAGUUAGGGUCCAGGUACACUGUCCGGGACGGCACCCUGGAGGUCCAACCCAUUCAGGUGGAGGAUUUUGGGAGUGAGACGGUGAGAGACAAAUGGGACUUGUUCAUCCGUGAAGUACAGCCUAAAGAUGCUGGAGUGUACAGGUGUGAGGCUUUCAACAAUGAGGGGAUGGACCAAACCAUUGUGGAGCUAGUGGUGCAAGAACCUCCAGAGUUUGCGAUCAAGGUUCCACAGAGGGUGUCUGUUGCUGUGAACGAAUCCUUCCAGUUUGUGUGUAAUGCCACUGGAAACCCCAUUCCAGCUGUGACAUGGCUCUUCAAGUCUGAGGAGGUGACAUCGAUGAGUGACAUGUACGGAGCUCUCCUGGCCCUGGACCUGGUACAGAGGGAGGAUGAAGGGAACUACACCUGUCUGGCAUCCAGUCCUGUAGGAGACAUCAGCACACAAAUGGAACUCCUCGUUAAAUACCCUCCCAGUGCUGCAGUGUCUCCAGCUGAUAAUGUGGUUGAGGCUGGGCAGUCCCAGCUGACCCUGACAUGUCAUGUAUCAGGAUACCCCUCACCAGAACAGCAGUGGUACAAGGAUGGAAACCCCCUGGUGGGUGGAGACAGAGUGGAGACAACUGGAAACCAUCUAACUAUCCACGACGUACAGGCCAACGACACCGGUGACUACGCCUGUGUGGCGUACAACGACUUUGGCAUGGCACAAGCCUGGGCCAGUAUCUUCGUCCAAGUGCCACCUACAAUCCACGCUGCACCAGUGAACACUUCAGUGUUUCCUGGUGAGAACGUGGAGUGGGCUUGUUUGGCAACCGGUAUCCCCACACCUAUGGUCAGGUGGUACAAGGAUGGCUUUGACAUCUACACCAUCAAUGCCAAUGGAUCUCAGUACUACAUGGAGGAGGAAAGUGGUGAUUUGACUGUGUUGGAGGCAGAUGCUUCCACGGAGGGAGUAUACACAUGUUAUGCUGACAGUGAAGCAGGGGUGGACAGUGCUUCUGCAUGGCUCAAGAUAUACACUGCUCCGACCCUGUACGCCUCUGAGAAUGAGACCUACCUACAAGGAGAUCCUGUAGAAAUACUAUGUCUGGCUGAUGGCUACCCUGACUCCGUGGUCACGUGGACCUUUCAAGGUGACCCUCUGACCUACAAGGAGGGAAUGAUGGUGGAGGAAACAGGCAUGAUCUCUAUUGAGCAGGUGACACUGGCAGAUGCUGGUUUGUACCAGUGCAAUGCUUCCAACUUUGUUGGUUGGUCAGAGGCAUCUGUGUACAUCACAGUCCACACUCCCCCCAGGUUUAUCGUCCAUCCAUCAGAUGUAGAGGUGUUCCCUGGUGAUACCACCUACUUCUCAUGCAACGCUACAGGGGUGCCUACUCCACGGAUCUCAUGGACAUUCCAUCCUAAGACACCAGGAUCUGGACAACUCCAUCCAAACCAGUCCUCAACUGGUGACCUGUGGGUUGUGAAUGCUGGGUACCAGGAUGAAGGGAUAUACCAGUGUACUGCCAGCAAUGCAGCUGGGAAUGUCACUACCAUGGCAAGGCUGAACAUCCUCACUCCUAGCAACAUCACUGUCCCGCCUAGCAACCUCACCCUUUUGAAGGGGCAAACCGCCGAGUUUCCCUGUGGGGCAGUCGGCUUCCCUCUCCCAGAUGUUACCUGGACGUUCCAGAACAUGACCAUCGAUGCAUCGUCACAUGGUUCCAAGUACCAGAUUGAGGAGACGGGUACACUCGUGGUGAAGGCUGUAGACCUGGCUGAUGUUGGGUGGUACAGUUGUACCGCUGACAAUGGGGUGGGGAACGACACGGCAUCUGCCUACCUGACAGUGCAUGUGCCUGCACAUUUCAGGAGGUCACCUCUGGAUCAAGCUGUAACCCACACCCAGAACGUGGUCUUCUACUGUGAGGCUGGGGGCGUCCCCACUCCCAGACUGCACUGGCGGUGGAACGGCUCCCCUACCCUGGGGAAGGGUGUCCAUGUCUCGCAGGACGGACGCUCGCUGGUCAUCCACUUUGCGUCGUACUACCACGAGGGAAGGUACACUUGUGUCGCCAGUAACACUGUGGGGCGCAGGGAAGGUACAGCCUCCCUCCGCAUAAACCGCAAGCCAGUGGUGACUUCCAUCUCAAACCCCAGGCCUGUGAAAGAGGGGCACAGCGUCGUACUGGAGUGUCUCCACAAAGGUUACCCCCCUCCCGAAGUCCAGUGGUUCCACAACAGGAGCAGAAUCCACGUCCCUGACCAGCAGGUGCUCGGGCAGAAGUACCACAUGAACAGGAAGGGUGUCCUUCAGAUCCACCCGGUGACGUGGGAGGAUACGGGUCUGUACAUGUGCGAGGUCUCCAACAGCCUAGGCUCUGAUAUGGCCAAGACAGGACUGGUGGUCUGGGUGGCACCAAGGUUCACCAAGCGAGAGCCUUACAAAACCAAGGAGAUCUUCGUGUAUGAGAAGAACGUGACGUUGGGUUGUCAGGCUGUUGGUUUUCCCGCGCCACUGAUCAAGUGGUACAGGGAGACAGAUGGGAGACCCAUGGGGCUGUCUGAUCAUCAACGGUUCACUGUCACAGGAGAUCUGAUCUUGACUAAGGUAACAAAGGAUGACAAGGGAACUUAUGUCUGCAAUGCCUCAAGUGAUGCUGGCUACAUAGAAGACAGGAUUGACAUCAAAAUCCUGGUUGCUCCAGUCAUCUACGAAGGGCCUUUCAACAGGAGUGUGAUCGUAGGAGGUACGGCUAGGUUCCGCUGCAAGGCUCACGGUCAGCCAGACCCCAAAAUCUCCUGGACCUACCAACCUGGGAUGGCCGUCCCGUUCAACCCCUACAGACACGGCCUGACCGCUCAGGGCCGAGAAGAACUCCCGUUUGACCGUGCCAGACAAAGCCUGGGGGACGGGGAAGAGCUGACCAUUACGGGGGUAACCCGACAUGACCAUGGGAUCUACGUUUGCGAAGCAUCUGGAGGCAGUGCAGGGAAGGUCUGGGCCAUGGCAAGUCUGACUGUACACGGUCCUCCUAUAAUAGUUGAACAUCCUCAAAGUGUGGUCUUCACAGGCACAAAGAAGAUCAUCAUGAGGUGUUAUGCCACAGGAGAAGGUCCACUUCGCUACAUCUGGAAGAGAAAAGGCAGGAAGAUUGGUACAGGAACAAGAAUCCUACUGCCAGUGCCUGAUGCUAUUGGUCAGUACCACUGUGAAGUGUCCAACAACUUUGGAAAGUCUCAAUCACGAGUGGCUGUGGUUCGGCGUCUAGGAAACCAGGAAGUGGAUACAGGCCAUGGUUUCAUGCGACGUGAGCAGUUGAGUUUUGAGGCAGAAGAGGCAAUGACAAAUUUUGCAAACGAGUUUGCAAACGAGUUCUACCCCAGACUGAGAGAACAGCUUGCAGACCAACUGAAGAUAUCCAUCAACAGGGUGGAGUACCUACGAGUCUACAGGGGUAUGGUGACCUUUGACCUAGCCCCUGUGGAGCAGGGCAGGUUGGAGCCAUCCUAUUCAAUGCUUGCAAAGGACUUGAAACAAAGAAAGAGAAGCGAUCCGCUUACUGUGAAGUUUGCUGAAAACUGGUAUGGAUUGGUGUACAUACCACCUCCGGAACCAACGCCCCCCAAACCAGUGGAAACAAGGACAGUGAUCGUUGAGAAGAAAGUGAAAUAUCGCGUGACCGUCCAUGUCCCAUGGAAGCCGACAACUACCCCGCAUACCCCAACUCCAGACACAGAACUCGAUAACAAAGUCGUGGCCCAGGACGAUGACAUAGAUGUGGGUGUCCUGGUGGGAACUGUUGUCGGCACCAUCGUGUUCCUCAGCUGUAUCUUCAUAUCCAUCACUGUCUGGAGAUCGUAUUUUGCGGACAAGAAGACCCCGAAGUCGCCCCACCAGCAGUUCUCGUUACUGCAGCAUGGCUUUGGUGGCGUGGAAGGCUGGGGGAACAGAGGGGACCGCUUUGAGCUGGAGUACCACCCCCCUCCCAACAUGAUCAAGUCCAAACCCAUGGGGUACCUGACCUUGAAGAGGCUUGUAGAGGACAUUAAGAAUGCAGAUGACGGAGCACUGGCCGUGAUAAAGCAGGAGUUUGAGAGUGUUCCUCUGAACCAAGCCAAGAUUCACCACACGCCCUGUGGCACUGAGCAGAAGAACCGCUACAUGAAUGUCCUACCAAACCCACACACAUCUGUGAAGUUGUUGCAGCUGAAUUCCGACACCACCACUGAGUACAUCAAUGCCAACCACAUCAGGGGCUAUGAUCGUCGACAGAAUGCCUACAUUGCAGCACAAGGUCCCCUUGGUACGACCCGUCAGGACUUCUGGAGGAUGGUGUGGGAGCAGAAUGUUGACAUCAUCGUCAUGACAACAGGGCUCGUGGAGAGAGAUCGGGUGAAGUGUGCCCGCUACUGGCCCAACUCCAGCGGUAAGACCAAGCACGAGGACUACGGGGACCUGAUCGUGACCGUUCUGAGCGAGGACAAGAACCAAAAGUACGCCAUCACCAGGAUGGAGCUGCAGCACAAGGAUGCCUCAGAGGUUCGUCACAUCUGGCACUACUGGUACACCUCCUGGCCAGACUUUGGUGUUCCUGAUGAACCAGACUACAUCCUGGACCUGCUGGAGGACAUGAACUGCCACCGCGCCCGCUCCAAACCUGUCAUUGUACACUGCAGUGCUGGACUGGGCAGAACUGGAGCCUUCAUAGGCAUUGACAUGGGCAUGGAGCAGAUUCAAAAUGAGAGCAUCGUGGACCCCCUCCUGUACUUCACCAGGAUUCGUCAGGACCGUGGAGGCUCUGUUCAGACCCUGGCACAGUACAUCUUCAUCCACCAGGUGCUGCUGCUGUACUUCGAGCGGAAGCGCAGCGAGCUGUCCAUGCAGACUGACCUGACCCGCCUGUCUAUGAGCACCAUGUCCCAGGGCACCAGCUCACUCACACAGCUCACAGCCAUGCUCUGACUCACACCUGAUGUGGCCCACCAGGGCACCAACUCUCUCACACAGCUCACAGCCUGACCUGUCCAACCAGGGCACUAGCUUGCUCACAGCUAUGCUCUGACUCACACCUGAUCUGUCCCACCAGGUCACCAACUCUCUAACACAGCUCACAGCCUGUCCUGUCCCAUCAGGGGACCAACUCGCUCACACAGCUCACAGCCUGAGCUGUCCAACCAGGGCACCAAUUCGCUCACACAGCUCACAGCCAUGCUGUGACUCACACCUGAUGUGUCCAACCAGGGCACCAACUCUCUAACACACCUCACAGCCUGACCUGUCUCACCAGGGGACCAACUCGCUCACACAGCUCACAGCCUGAGCUGUCCAACCAGGGCACCAAUUCGCUCACACAGCUCACAGCCAUGCUGUGACUCACACCUAAGGUGGCCCACCAGGGCACCAACUCUUACACAUUCCUCACUGCCUGACCUGUCCCCCCAGAGCACCAAGUUUCUCACACAACUCACAGACUGACCUGUCUCACCAGGGCACAAGCUGUCUCCUACAGCUCACAGCCUGAGUUGUCCAACCAGGGCACCAACUCUAUCACACAGCUCACAGCCUGAGUUGUCCAACCAGGGCACCAACUCUAUCACACAGCUCACAACCUGAGCUGUCCAACCAGGGCUCCAACUCUCUCACACAGCUCACAGCCUGACCUGUCCAAACAGGGCACCAACUCUAUCACACAGCUCACAGCCUGACCUGUCCAAACAGGGCACCAACUCUAUCACACAGCUCACAGCCUGACCUGUCCAAACAGGGCACCAACUCUAUCACACAGCUCACAGCCUGACCUGUCCAAACAGGGCACCAACUCUAUCACACAGCUCACAGCCUGACCUGUCCAAACAGGGCACCAACUCUAUCACACAGAUCACAGCCUGACCUGUCCAAACAGGGCACCAACUCUAUCACACAGCUCACAGCCUGAUGUGCCCCACAAGGGCACCAACUCUAUCACACAGCUCACAGCCUGAUUUGAUUUUUUACCAGGGCACCAAUUUUCUCUCACAUAGCUGAUGCUGACACAAUAUACAGGCUGCCCAGGCCACUGUAUUUGCCAGAUCAUUUCAUCAUUAACAGAUGUAAAAAAAACUUGCUGUUCUUUUGUAAACUGGUGCCAUAUGGUCACUAAGAAUUAUAUCACUAUAUGAUAGCAUCAUUCAGUUAUAUUACUGCAUGGUAUUACUGACAUUAUUAUAGCUGAAACAUAAAAGGCAUGUAAGUUUCCUCAUUUGGAUGAAUACCAAAUGCAGCAUAC